AUGUUGUUUAACCAUUUACCAGGUUCAGUGGUGGUAGAUUCCGAGCUAAUUUUUGCCAAUGCCAGCUUAGUGCCAGCAGCUAUUGAAGCACAAAUCACUCUGGUAGAGGCAGCGUCCAACAAUUCCAACUUCUCCCUGCCAGUGAAUGUGUCAACCAUUGUUGCAAUGGCCCCAACUGCUGCCCCUACUACUACAGAGGCCCCUGCAUCCACUGAUCCCCCAACGUCCAGCGAGGGAACCCUUCGCCUUCUGUUCAGUCUCAUUCGAGCAUUCACAUCCGACCUCUCGAAUGCAUCCUCUGCAGAGUUUAAGAAGUUGGUUGCUGAAGUCAUCAAAGAGGUUAACCGAGUGGCUAAAAAUCUCUAUGGACCAUCUUUCAGACGCACCAUCAUUAACAGUUUCUCGAAUGGAUCCGUAAAGGUUGACAGCACCCUUGUGUUCAAAGAUAAGAACUCAGUUCCUGAAGCAAGCAAUGCAACUUCACAAUUCAUCAGUGCGCUCACCAAUUCCUCCCUUGGCAUCGUAAAUGGCAGCAUUUCUGCACAAUCCCUUCCUGGUCCUAAUGCAACAUUCGCCCCAUCUGCUGCUGCUAAUGCUACAGUGGCCACAACAGCUGCCCCUAUUGCUACAGUGGCUCCAACUGCUGCCCCUGCACAGUCCACAUCAACUUCAAGCAGCCCCCCUGUGCCCACAAUGGGCUCAAUGGCAGUCUUUUUACUAACACUGCUGGCUGUAGCACAGAUGCUGGUAGACCUAUAACAGACAUUGGAGGUAACAAAAGACAUACAAAUAAUGCAUAAUGAAAUCUAUCAAAGCAGCGUCAUUUGAUAAAAAGAUGUGUAUUAUUUGUCAAAGAUUGAGACAGUUUUUCCACCUGUUCAUGUUAGAAUUACAUGUGUUUUACUUUCAUUUUAUUAAAAAAAACUUUAAUUUCCACCAAUUAUUAUAUUAUUUUU